AACCAUGGUUGAGUGCUCUCAUCACUCUGCGGUCUAGCCUGACCCCGCAUGAAGUCAAGCUCAACAUCUUCGAGCGAACACUGUGUCGCACUUUGAGGGUGGCUGCUUCUCAGUGCCUGUGUUGCACACUCUAUGAUGCCUCGAAAUAUGCCAGGACACGAAAGAGCCUCCACGGCCCCAUCGCAGCCACAAUUGCGCAUCAAAGAAACCUACUUCCAGACCCCGACAGCUGUACCUUCUCCGGAUGCAUCGCCAGAUAACGCCAUUUCACCAAUGACACGCUCCGUCUUCGCGAACCCUGGACUCAGACGAGAUUCCAAGCAUGAGCCUCCUGCCGACCGUACAAUGCGCUACAACCCUACGAUUGAACCUACAAUUGCUACCUUCAAAGAGAAUAAGACAAUGAAAAAGCGAUUGACCACGCUGUUUAGUUCGGCCUGGAGGGCAGUCCGGAAAUGCAUCUAUUCACCACCGCUGAGUGAGCUCGACGAUGUCAAAUCGAGCACCGCACGCCUACUCUAUGCCGACCGCUACCAGCCCAUUUAUGGUCAUGGAUCGAUCGCAGCGGGCGCAAAACCUACCAUCAUAUCUGAUAACCCUUCGGCAAUGAUGGACAGCGCUUGGUCAAGUCCACAACGGGGCAGCAACCCUCGUCGAGCUCGGCCAACGCCGAAGGAGAACUUUGUCGUGUAGGCAGGGUUGCUGAUGUUGAGGUCGGCAGUGCACGGAAGUGCAGCCGAUCGCGAAGUUGGGUCGUAUAGCAGGGCUCUAGACGGAUACUAGCUAGCAGAUGGCAAGUCUCGACUUUCCGAACGGCUGAGAGUCUUGAGCAAGCGGAUUGUUCUAAUAUGAAGUGCGCCCGAGGGUUGGUGGCGACAAUCGCGGAGCAGAUGCAGCACGGUCAGGAAGAUGCAACCCCCUUCUCUUCUGUAUCAAACAGUGUUUUAAGUAAGAACCCACAAAGCACAAUGUGUAUUAGUGUAGAAUAAAAUGAAAAAAGCUGUCACCUUCCAACUCAAU